CCGGAGGCCAUCAGUGCCAGUGGCGGCACCAUAAUUUUCGAGGACAGCCCAGCGCCCCAGCCUAAAAACAACUCGGACCAUUCUAACAACGGGUGUCGCCGAGUAGCUGACAGACGGCGGCCGAGCGCCGGGCCGACUAACUUCGCAGCUGUUUUUGAAAGGCUUGAACCGAAGAUGAACGAGAUGAACCCGAGGCCAUCUUCCAGCAUAGCUGUCGGCAUUGGUGCCCAACAUGGGACGAAGAAAGCUGUGGAGCCCGCCGUUUCCCGAACAGCACCCGCAGCUCGCGGGGGCGGUCCUAUCUCGAGCUCUUCCAGUAGUGUGCAAUUGCAGCAGUCGGUACCACCUCCCACUUCCUCGCUACAACCAGAUCGAGAUCGUAUGGGAGCGUCGACCUCGGUUUUAGCGUCUUCAGA